CAUCCUAUUGAAGGUUAGUCAAAUUAUGGUUCUGAUUUAUAUGCAUUUGACAUUGAAAUCUCUUGCGUGAUACAUGAUUUGGUUCGUGGUCCCUCAAUUUUGCCAAUUAUGAUUCCCUUGGAGUUACAAAAUUUUAGAACAAACAUGACGAAUGCCAUCCAAAACCUCAUCAAUGCCCUGGUUUCUCCACCAAAUUUGGCUGUUGUGGUCACCAUACAAAACACUAAGUCUCAUGAAAAGGAAUUAAGGGAUGAUUCAAGCGUCGAAUCAUAUAUUGGGGAUGUUAUGGACAGUAGGUCUGAACUCAUGAAUGAAGAUGACGAGAGGUCGAAUGUCGUUGAAAAUAAUAAUGAGCUUGCCCUUCUAAAAGGUGCCAUCAAGGUGGCAGAUGCAGAUAAUAAGCAUGCGGACUACCCCAUUUCAUUUGACGCCAUUAAGUUGUUUGAUAAUGUUGAUGCGAUCAAGACAAAGCACCUAGUUUCACCGAGAGAACCUACACUGGGUAUUGGCUCUAUCUCACAUGUCCCUCGGUUUGCUCCCAGAUCCAAGAUGGUUGAAGAUUCAAAGAGUGGACUGCUCCAUUGGUUUAGCAUUAUCUCUCCAGUCCAGAAGCACGAGUGAGAGCCUCCACCUUGAGGACAAGUGCCUCUCUCCGUUUCUUUUAAUUCGCACGAAAAAUGAAGGCUAUUGGUCACUUCGCCGCCCACCGCCCCACGACAAUGCCUUCUUAGCCGUUCACUUCACUGCCCCACUAUCGACCACUAGCUUCAUAUAUCUUCCCUGGGAUGCAUUUGCCUCUUCUAUCAUCUUCAUCUACAUCGGAAUUGCUCAGCUUCCUUUGGCAAACGCUAGGUGACUCUUAUACUGUUCGUGCUCUUUCUUGAUCUCUUCAAGUUACAAUUUAACUUGCUUGUCAUAGGUUUACUUGUAACUCCUCAAAGAUUCAAUGGAAACUGGAACGUCAUCAACUCAGCCAACAUUUGAUAGAGAUCGGUGCGAACAAAGAAACUUUAGGCACCGUCUUAGAUAUCGUGAAUUACAUGACAGUGAAAAAAACGUUGCUUCAAAUAUUACUAGAUGAUCCAACGUUUGUGUCAGUUCUUCCGCUCAAGGUGUAGCAUUUAACUCAUUUAUCGUUUUUAAUUUAAUUAUACCUUUCUUUGCCUUCUACCAAAUUUCCUAACUUCUUCAUGUUUCCCCCAACUCUACCCUCCAAUUGUCAUUGCCAAACUACAACGCAAAUUUGUCUUCACAAAAAGAGGACAACAAACGGCAAGUGACUACAUAAUCAUCGACCAUGAGUACGUUCUAACAUUACUUCUAUUUUUUGGCCUU